AUGGCAAAUAAAAUCUGGUUUUUCGAUCGAUUACCUGUAGACCUUCUGUACGAUAUCUUCGAUUAUUUUUUGGCUCAUGAUAUUCUUUUAAGCUUUUCCAAUGUUAGUGAUCGUGUCGAUGGUGUUCUACGGACAUAUUCAUUUUAUCGAUUUGAUUUCAAAUCGAUUUCGAAAGACAAUUUUGAUCUUAUUUGUCGUCAUAUAAAACCUGAUCAAGUCAUAUCUCUGGUACUCUCAGAUGCUAGUGCUACACCUGGUCAAUCUGAACUAUUUCUUUCUCGUAUUAGUAUUAAACAAUUUACUCGACUUCAAUCAUUAACAUUAUAUUGUAUUGAAAAUGAAACAUUAGAAUUAAUUUUAUUAGAUUUAAACAAACUUGAUCAACUACGUUCAUUUCAUAUAAAUUCUGUCACAACUAAAUCUCCUCUUAGGAUUUAUGAUUAUUCACCUCUAAUAAACCAAGUAACUCCGCUUUUAAGUAAAACGUUAAGUCAAGUGUUACCAAAACUGCAUCGGCUAAAUAUUGGUCAAAAAUUUAUUGCAACAAGGACACCACUUUUAGUAAAUCUUCGCUCUCUAGCGUUAGCACAGUCAACUAUUAAUGAAUUGCAAAUGAUUUUGAUUCAAACACCUCACUUAAGAUCACUCGAUGUUUGUCUCGAAGGUGAUACUUCGAAUAUUGAGCUUCUUGAUACACCUUCUCAACUAAAAUGGCUUAUUUUAACGAUAAAUGGUAACUAUUUUUUAACAAAUAGAUAUUAA